AUGGCUGCGGCGGCUGCACCGAUGCCCUCUGCCAUUCUCUACUCUGCGCUUGGCAAUCCCAAGGACGGCUUUCCAGGCUACUGCGCUUCACAUCCGCCAGACUGGACCGGCACGCAGUGCGAGUCCUGGCCGGGUCGUCAUCCCGAGGUCUACGGCCCUUUUCGGCUGGGCCGACUUCGCGCCGAGCGGCUCAGCGAUGGUCGUGGGCGGGGUUUGGCCUCUGGCGCUGAUGUGGAGGCCCAUGAGGCCGUCUGUGCGGGACAGCCGCCGCUCUCCAUACUCCAGUACAGCGAUUCCCAGAGUCUCUGCGAGGUCUGUGCCCACUGCCACCGUUUCUGCGGAAGCCUGGCAACUGCGCUCCGGCGCUGCCUGGAAGCAGCCAAGGCCGGGACUUUGGAGGACUAUCUGCCGGAUCCCCAGCUCAUCGCUGAUUUGGAGGGCCCUGAGUGGCAGAUCCGUGGGCGAGUGCCCUGUGAGAAUGGCUGCGGAGCUGUUUUCUGCAGCGAGGAGUGUGCAGAGGCAGGUCGGCGAGAAGGCUGGCACCGUAUACUCUGCGUGGACCUGACGGAAAAACAGCGGCAGGUCUGGAAGUGCUUCCAGCAGUAUUCCGUGAAGUACCACGAGCAGUUCAUCGCCGCUGCCAGAGUCAUCGCCGAAAUCAUCUGCAUGGUGAAGUAUUCUGGGGUGGAGCUGUGGGAGGCCAUGGCUUACUUCAGUCGCUUCAUGAAGAUGUCCUGGCUGAACAUGCAGAACGUGCCUUCCAUGUCUACCUGCCAGGCUGGGCCGCUCCGCGGGAAGUUGGCUGCCAUGGCGCAGGGACGGAAGGAGCGACGCCAGCAGGUGGUUUUGGCCUCCUUGGAGCUCCUGGUGGCCAUUUUAUGGGAAGAGCAGUGGUCGGAGGUGUUGUCUCUGGACUUCUACUCGAAUCUCAUUGGCCAGUUCUCCCUGUCAAACGUUUGGGUGCAAAUCGAGCAUCCUUUAAACGAGCAGUUUGAAGAGCGGUGCAAAAGCGAGGAAUUCCGGAGGUCCUAUGGGGGUCUGAUCCAAGCCUGUCAGGAGGCUGUCCAGAAGGUCCGUGCCGCCACCGAGGAGCCGGAUCAGAAGAACCCGGAGGAGACGGCCCCAAGCAGGAAAGACAGCGAGGAAGCAUUUUCUCUUCCCAGAUUUGAGGGUAGUGCGCUCUACCCCUGCGUUGCCCUCUCGAACCAUUCAUGUCAGCCAAACUUCACUAUGCGCUAUGCCGACGGCUGCUUUGCUGACAUGGUGGCCCUGCGCAAGAUCCGGGAAGGCGACGAGUUGAACCUUGCAUACGUCUCUCCGUCCACACCGCUGCCAGAGCGCAUCAGCACGCUGUGGAGAAAUUGGGGCUUCGUCUGCACGUGUCGUCGCUGCCAAGACGAGAUGAUGCUCCGCGCCAUGGAAGGGGACAAGACGAGGACCGAGCCCGACUCGGAGGCCACGGCCGGUUACCCCAACAUGGGAGUUCAGCUCUCACCUGCAGGGCUCGCGGCGGCUUUGGCGGUGAGAAAGGCCCGCGCCGACACCGGCACUCUGUCCGAGAGCCAGAGCAGCGACGACAGUGGAGACAGUGAGGGCGAAGGCAGUGAGGAAGAGUCCUCCGAGUCAGUGACGAGCGAAGAGGACGCGGGCGUCAGCCGGGCACGAAAUGCUCCUUUUAGCGGUCCAUUUGGGGCCACCCACGUCCCCCAGAGCGUGAAAAUGCUCGAAGCAGCCAUGCGUGACUUGGUUGCCGACAUCGCAGACCAGGAGGCAGGCUGA